CCGGGCCGCCCUCCGCAGGGGCUGAGGGGAUGAACCGUGCCCCGCGGGGUGGUCGCUAGCAGAAGGAUGACCACUCCCGCCCUGCUGCCGCUCUCCGGGCGGAGGCUGCCCCCCCUGAACCUGGGGGCCUCCGCCUUCCCGCACCACAGGGCUACCUUGAGACUCUCCGAAAAAUUUAUCCUGCUCCUUAUUCUUAGUGCCUUCAUCACCCUGUGCUUCGGGGCGUUCUUCUUCCUCCCCGACUCCUCGAAGCACAAGCGGUUUGACCUGGGCUUGGAGGAUGUGCUCAUUCCUCACGUGGACACCAGCAAAGGGGGCAAGAACCUCGGCGGCUUCCUCAUCCACGGGCAAGGGCACGACGAGCACCGGCACAGAGAAGAAGAGGAACGUCUGAGAAAUAAGAUCCGAGCAGAUCAUGAAAAGGCUCUGGAAGAGGCUAAGGAGAAAUUGAAGAAAUCACGUGAUGAGAUUCAAGCUGAGAUUCAGACAGAAAAGAACAAAGUAGUGCAAGAGUUGAAAAAGAAAGACAGCAAGCCACUGCCCCCUGUUCCUUUACCAAAUCUUAUAGGGAUAAACAGUGGAGAACCAGCAGACCCGGAUAUCCGAGAGAAGAGGAACAAAAUUAAAGAGAUGAUGAAGCAUGCCUGGGACAAUUAUAGGCAAUAUGGAUGGGGACAUAAUGAGCUCAAACCAAUUGCCCGGAAAGGACAUUCCACCAACAUAUUUGGAAACUCACAAAUGGGUGCUACCAUAGUAGAUGCAUUGGAUACUCUUUAUAUCAUGGGGCUUCACGAUGAAUUCAGAGAAGGACAGGAGUGGAUUGACAAAAAUCUUGAUUUCAGUGUGAAUUCUGAAGUGUCUGUUUUUGAGGUCAAUAUUCGCUUCAUUGGCGGUCUUCUAGCAGCAUACUACCUUUCAGGACAAGAGGUUUUCAAGAUCAAAGCUGUGCAACUGGCAGGAAAACUUCUUCCAGCCUUCAACACACCUACGGGUAUACCAUGGGCAAUGGUGAAUCUGAAAAGCGGUGUGGGUCGAAACUGGGGCUGGGCUUCUGCUGGCAGCAGCAUCCUUGCUGAGUUUGGUACUCUGCACAUGGAAUUUGUCCACCUCAGCUAUUUGACAGGGGACCCUGUAUACUACAACAAGGUCAUGCACAUUCGGAAGUUACUUCAAAAAAUGGAUCGUCCUAAUGGACUUUAUCCAAAUUAUUUGAAUCCAAGAACAGGCCGGUGGGGUCAGCAUCACACAUCCGUGGGCGGGCUGGGAGACAGUUUUUAUGAAUAUUUAUUGAAAGCCUGGCUUAUGUCAGACAAGAUGGACACGGAGGCAAGGAAAAUGUACGACGAUGCAAUUGAGGCCAUAGAAAAACAUCUCAUCAGAAAGUCCAAUGGAGGACUGACCUUCAUUGGGGAGUGGAAGAACGGGCACCUUGAAAGAAAGAUGGGCCAUUUGACCUGUUUUGCAGGGGGAAUGUUUGCCCUUGGAGCAGAUGGUUCCAGAGAUGAUAAAGCUGGACAUUAUUUGCAGCUUGGAGCUGAAAUCGCACAUACGUGUCAUGAGUCAUAUGACAGGACAACAUUAAAGCUGGGUCCAGAAGCAUUCAAAUUUGAUGGUGGUGUAGAGGCAGUGGCAGUGCGGCAGAAUGAGAAGUAUUACAUCCUAAGACCAGAGGUGAUUGAGACCUACUGGUAUAUGUGGAGAUUCACCCACGAUCCCAAGUACAGGCAGUGGGGCUGGGAGGCAACGCAGGCAAUUGACAAGUAUUGCCGAGUCAGUGGUGGCUUUUCUGGUGUCAAGGAUGUCUAUUCCUCAUCUCCGACAUAUGACGAUGUACAGCAGAGCUUUUUCCUUGCUGAAACUUUGAAGUAUUUGUAUCUGCUUUUCUCCAAUGAUGACCUUCUACCGUUAGACAACUGGGUUUUUAACACAGAAGCUCAUCCUCUGCCUGUUUUACAUUUAGCCAACACCACACUGUCAGGAAAUCCUGCAUAUCGAUAAAAACAGCUCUAUGAAGAGGAAGAGAGACUGUUUUCAGCUCUGUUUUGUUUACAUGGACCACUUGAGACUUUAAGCAGGAGAGGAGACAGACUCUUGGUAAAACUAGACCUCUGAGUCAAGCAAGUACCGGCGUGAGAAACGAAGCUCUUCAACAUAUAGAUAAGUUCAAAGUUCUGUUUUAUACAUGACCAAAACACGUUAGUGUGGUAUUUGCAGGACAGAGACUUCAUGCGCUUUGAACCCUAGCAAGACAUGGAAUCUACUGUUUUAAUAUAAACGCAGCAGCAUAAGGAAGAAGAGGCUUUCCCGUCCGGGGAGAGGAACUUGCUGCUGCUGCUGUUUGCUCUUGCAAGGAACAAUACACUAGUCACCUCUUCAGAUCGGGUGGGUUCCAAAUACCUAGAUUUUAUUUUUCUUUUUUUUUGUUUGAUGAUGGCAUGAACAAAGCAACAACAAAAAGCAACAUCACUGCACCAGCAGCAUCAGGAUUUGAAUUUUUUUCUGUACCUGUCUGAAUUUUCUAAGGAGCAUCUGUUUGUCCAGACUGGCAGCCAUUCUCAGGGCCUCUAAGCUAUUAAAACUAAACUCUAAACUAUAAAAACUAUUGCCUCCUCAUUUUCCCUUUUCAAAAUAAUGCUGAAAGAUCUGUGUUGUAUGCUUACAUCCAAAAAAACAAUUAGUAAGCAUUUGGUUUGUAGUUCACUGUCAGCAACGUAGGCUUAGUUCAUUUGACAAGCUACAAUCACAGAGUCUGGAGCGUAUCAUAGGGGUAGGAAGGAGCCUAAGUUUCCCUUCCUCACAAACCCUGUCACAUGGAAGAAAACAUUCUCUUAUUAGUCAUGGUUCUUUUAGCUAAAUAAACAGAGAUGACGAGAAAAACAGUCUCUCAUGAUUUAUAUAGGAGGAUACAGUAUAUGGCAUUUAAAAAUGCUCCCCUUGCGCUAAGCAGCAGGAGUUUGUUGCUUUAUAUUUUUCCACACAAUCUGGAUUUUUCCUAAAAGUUAAAUUUCAUUCUUUGGAUACUAUUCAUGGAACCUUUUUUGCAGGUAUGCAUAUGACAGAAGCCCAAAACUGCCUUUGAUUUAGUUUACAAAACUCCUUUUCUUCUGGGUGCUCCCGUACAAAGUCAACAUGAUCUUCUUUGGAAACAACAUCUCUUACAUAUGAGUGGAAAAAGAAACUGAAGAGUCUCUUCUUCCAUUAGUUUAUGAGAAAUGAGAUGCUGCUACCCGCAUGGGUUUUUUUCAAGUACUCCUAGGCUGGGCUGGACAGUAUCACUUAAAUGGAGUCUGCUUCAGUCUUCACUUGUUUGCUAAAAGAAGUUUUGUCUUUUCAGGUAUAUCUCAAUCUCUUCUUUUUACUGUUGUUCCAGAAUCCUUACAGCUCAAAUUAUUCUUUUUAUUCCCCUUUAUAGCUCUCAGAUCCUUUUGCCAUGGUGACUGGCCCCUUUGCUGAAAAAGAGCUGUGAGGUGCUCCUUUCCCUCCUAAUUAGUCCACAGGUUGAGUCUUUAAAAAAAAUCUUGAUUGUGUUUUCAUACUGAAGUGAGUGGAAGAACUCUUCAGUGAGCUGCAGCAGUACAGCAUCAGAUCUAAAGGGAGUGAGUGCUAUUUGUCCACCUCAAAAAAUGUUUUUGUAUGAAGUUUUAUAUAUAAAAGCUUUUCUCUCUAUCAUAUUAUAAUAUAUCUGACUGUACAUUAUAGUAGAAUUUCCCCCAUAAAAUUUUCCUUCACUUGUCUUUGACAGUAAGUUAGACAUGGAAAUCAUCACAUGAUCUAAGAAAAAAUGCUUAUCAGAUGCUUUUUUACAGACAGUUACUUUAGUUUAAGAGCAGGAAGACAUAGAGCUUGGAAAAAACUCCAAUCUCAAUGUUUUUACCUUAAUACCAGUUACUUAGUUACUGUAAUUUGCAGCAGUAUCUUAAAAAUAAUUUGAGAACUGAUAAAAGUAAUUGAUAUAGUAAAUAAUACUGAUUCAAGUAAUUGUUUAUUUAAAAUUAGAAGUAGCUUAAUAAAUGGAUUCUUCUUACUGGUCCCACGUUAAUUUAUUUUUCUAAUUACUAUUCAGUGACUUACUGAAGAGCUAGUCAUUUUCCAUUUUCCAAAGUUCAGAUAUGUUGUGUUUUCAAAUUGAGUUUUUCCCAUCCCAUGAGAACUGUUACUAGUUUUAAACUGCACUCAAUUGCCUUGUUCUCCUAAAUCUCUCUGGGUACAAAGGAGAAGGAGGAAAAGCAGACUCUUCUGUUUAAAAAAAAACAAAAAAAAGAAAGAAAAAGAAAAAAAGCAAAAGGCACUUUCCACCCCAUACACCCAUCCCCAUACACCUCCUGAUAAAUGCAGAUGUAGAAUGGCUGCCAGUCUGUUCAGAGGAAGGUCAAGGACAGAAUUCUGGAGUCCCAGAAACAGCAAACUUCUUAUCGUUGCUGCUCUUCCAUCCCCCUCUUGUGAAUUAAAGAGCGACCCUUCAAAUUAGUUCCUCCAUGAAUCCCAAUGGGUUAACUCACUGCCACAGGAAUGCUUGAAUUGAGGACCUAAGCCAUUUCAUGUUAUGGGAUGGUAUUUUUCUCAAAGCAGAUGUACAGUACUGCUAUUUUUUCUUUGUGUAGACAAGCAGCAGGUACCAAAUAAAGGACACUUGUUUCUUGUUUUCCAGUUACCCCAACGGCUGUCAGUUUCUACUCUAUCACUCUUUAAAAUACAAUCUAUCCUUUUCCUCCAGAAGCUACUGAUGUGCACAGUCUAUCAAAAAUAAUGCAUUUUAAGGACUAAUUGCUGUGUCAUUCAUGAAUCUCUCCAUCCUGAGAUUUCCUAGAGCAAGCUGAGUUUGGAGAUAAUGGGUUCUGGGUGAGGUGUGUGUAAUAACCAAGCACCACGGAUAUUGAAACUUCUGACUGAAGUGACGUGCCCUCAUUCUGAGUACUUCACAGAGAAGUAGGUUCUGAUCUGCAGAAUGGUGUUACAUGUAACCCAAAGUUCAGACUGUUUUCCCUCUGGGUACAUAAGGUACAGUAGAAUAUUGCCAUUUUCAUUCUGUUGCUGCUGUCUUACAUACUUUCAUGAAGAUAGAGUGUAAAUUUAAGCACAAAGUGACUUUUUAGUCCUAGUUGUUUCCGAGUCUUGCACUGUAUUCUCUAACAAAACAAUCCUCGUUUUCUUUAGGUAGCUGUCCCAUUUUAGCAAUUUCUACAAUACCCUCUCCUCUUACAGGAUGAAAUAAGGAACAGAAAAUUAUGUACAUUUUUGGCACACUGGAUUUGGGCAAGAGCCUGGAAAUCCCAGAAUUGUCUAUUUCCUGUUUGCAUGCAGUCAAAACAAGGAUGUUCAGUUCUUUUCCUAAUCCAAGCCUCAAGCUUGCCUGUUGGUCAGGAUCUGCUAGCAGUAAUUUUUUUUUAACACUUACAGCUUGACUUUUCGAAGAAGCCAGAUUUCUGCAGCUUCCAUUGACCAUCCUGGAGCGUGUGUGCUGCAGUCAAGAAGUCAACUUCUUAGCUUUGUCCUCUAAAUAAAAACAAAACCCUUGAAUGAUAUUCUGGGUGCUCAUCUUGCUGCACAAUAUAGUCCUUAAAACUGAAUGUUUAAGAAAAGUAUGGAAAACAGUAAGUACGCUGGAGUAAAGGGAAAAGCAGGUAGUUCCCUGUGCCAGUCACACCUUUGAGGCUCCUUUAGUUCCCUACUCCAAAUUUGUGGAUCACUGUCUUCUACCUCCCAAUCACUGACAUAUUCCCACACAGUAUUUUACAAGAUUUGAAUGUUGAGUAUCCAGGUUCUGAAAAGUGAAAAUAAUUACACACUCCCUGUAAUACCAUCCUUUAAGGUUAAAGGUCUACCCUGUGCUAAUUUACAGCUAAGCAAAGCCCUAUGGGGCUGUCUUUUAUGAUCCCCUCUUCUGUCCCUGAGGAAAUGAUACUACAAACCUUUAUAGUGUGACUCUCCCUAGUUUGAAUGGAGAAGUGAUUAAUAACAUUAACACUGAAAGGAUCAACAAUGUAACCUGGCGUCCACAGAAGAUGGUGAGGCAGUUUACAUCUCAGGGCUGUUGUAACAGGCUUUUAGCAAAUUGAGCCUGUUAUGUACAUUAAUAAGUCUAGUCCAUGUUUUUAAGGGGACAAAUAAGAAACAGGCUUCUUGUUACCAGAGAAAAAUGAAAGCAAGCUCUUGAUCCACACUGUAGUUCGGAGAUCUGUUCACCCUGACAAGACAUCCCUCUUUCGCUCCUUGAAUUUUGAGAAACAGUCUUCUGACUCAAGAGUUUGAGUUGCCAUAUAAAGAGGAAACCCAAGUUCUUUUGCAAGUUAUGUGCAUACAACUGUAGCAGAGAUGAUAAGCACUAGCUGCUCUGGCUGUCAGCCCCUUCUAACAAACUGCCCUGUAAUUGCCCAGAAAAGUUGGGAACCACCAAAGUCCAAGGAGACAGCCUGACUUGUUACAAUGAAUUGUUGCCUUUAAUCCUAAUUGCUUGGUGGAAGUUGGAUUUGCAUUCUGCCUUUAUUCUUGCUUUGUCUAAAACUGACAGAUUAUUUUUCCUCCAAAAUAAUAAAAGGGCAAAAGUCUAUCUUCUGAUGUGGAAACCUUCUGCCUCUGACCUGGAAUCCUGCAUAUGUACUUUUUACAGAUGAAAAAUAAUAUUGUAUAUAAAAAAGAUUGAAUAAAGAAUGUCUUUAAGU